GAUCAGCGCUCCGGGCUCGCCAGGAUGGGGAAGGGGAGGUGGAGUUUCCAAGUGGGAACUUGACCCGUUACCAUUAGCGGUCAUGGCGGCGCGCUCGCCGUCCUCACCGCUCCCUCCGCCCUCGGCGCGACCGAUGGGCCCCCGGUCCCCACGUAUUGGGCGGGGAGCUGAGGUCCACACGGUACGCAGCGAAGCCUCGGGGCUUGUCAGCACAGUGCGGGAGGUCGUCUUGGAUAAAAAUGACAUACUCUGGCGGGGCGAAGAAGGGUCAGGGGCACCGCGAGGGCCCGCGGGGGCUGCUCAGGCUCAUGCUCCCCUCCUCAGCGAGCCCGUGGGGUCCAGGCGGCUAGAGGGCAUCUCGGUAGAGGAGGCGAAGAUGACCCGGACGCAGCUACUGGAGGAAGAGUUGAGCUGCCUAAAGGAGGAGCUGGCAUUGUGUCAGGCUGAUAAAGAAUUUGUAUGGUCAUUGUGGAAACGCCUCCAGGAAAAAAAUCCAGAUCUCACACAGGCUGUCAGUUUAGUUGUGGAAAGAGAAAAACAAAAAUCUGAAGCAAAAGACAGAAAAGUUCUAGAAAUUCUGCAAGUCAAGGAUGCUAAAAUACAAGAAUUGGAACAGAAAGAAUCAGUACUAAAAGAGGAAAUAAAUGACCUUCUACAACAGAAGAUUUCAGUAGAUGAAGAAUAUACUUUCUUGAGGAAAGAAUUCAAUGACUUGCAGAAGAAAUUUAAAGAUAAAAGUCAAGAAUAUAAGGACACUAAGGAAUGUGUACAGAAUAAAGAAGAGCAAAACAGGCUGGUUAUAAAAAAUCUGGAGGAGGAAAAUGAGAAAUUGAGUACUCGCUGCACUGACCUGUUAAAUGACCUGGAGAAACUAAGGAACCAAGAAGCACAUUGGAAAAAAGAAAAAUAUGGCAUUGAUGCAAAAAUAAAGGCCUUUGAAGAAAAUUUAAUUGAAGCAAAGAAAGAAAUUGAAGUAUCACAGAGUAAAUAUAAUGCUCUAUCAAUACAGUUGAAUAAUAAACAGACUGAACUUCUUCAAAAGGAUAUGGAUAUUACCCUGGUCAGGCAAAGAGAGAGGGAUCUAAUUUCAAUCUUCCACAUGUCAGUAUCCAGUUUCCUCAGCACUGUUUGUGGGAGACAUUGUCUUUUCUUCAACAUAUGUUUUUGGCUCCUUUGUCAAGAAUCAGGUGACUGUAGGAAAGAAUUGCAGGAGCUGCAAAAUCUUUACAAACAGAACAGUGCACAUACAGCACAGCAAGCAGAGCUGAUCCAGCAGCUUCAGGUUCUCAAUAUGGACACACAAAAAGUACUGAAAAAUCAGGAAGAUGCCCAUACAGCUGAAAGUAUAUCAUACCAAAAACUCUACAGUGAGUUACACAUUUGUUUUGAAACCACAAAAUCAAAUGAAUCUAUGCUCCGUCAAAGUGUCGUUAAUCUUCAGGAUCAACUAUUUCAAAAAGAACAAGAAAAUGCAAAAUUAAAAAAAAAACUUCAGGAAUCACAAGGAGCACCAUAUUCUUCACUUCAAGAAAAUGAUUCAGACCACUCAGCACAGUUAUCUCUACAGCCGUCAUUAUCGAGCUUGGAAACAUUAAUGGUCUCACAGAAGUCUGAAAUUGAGUAUUUACAGGAGAAACUGAAAAUAGCAAAUGAAAAGCUGUCUGAGAACAGAUCUACCAACAAGAGUUUCUCAGAGAAGAGCAUCAUAACCAAUGCUGAAGGAAAACUUAAGGAACCACCUGUGAAACGUUCAAGGUCUUUGUCCCCAAAGAGUUCUUUCGUAGACUCAGAGGAGCUGAGGAAGCUGACAAGAGCUGAAAGAAAGAUUGAAAACUUAGAGAAGGCCCUACAACUAAAGAGCCAAGAAAAUGAUGAGCUAAGAGAUGCCCAUGAAAAACGCAAGGAAAGGCUACAGAUGUUACAGACCAACUACAGAGCAGUAAAAGAGCAAUUAAAACAGUGGGAAGAAGGCAGUGGCAUGAUUGAAAUCAGAAAAAUAAAGAGAGCAGAUCCCCAACAACUUCGACAAGAAGAUUCUGAUGCCGUGUGGAAUGAACUGGCAUAUUUCAAAAGGGAGAACCAGGAACUAAUGAUUCAAAAAAUGAAUCUUCAGGAAGAAUUGGAUGAACUUAAAGUACAUAUAUCUAUUGAUAAGGCAACAAUACAAGAAUUGAAUAGAUGUAUGGCAGAGAAAAGAGAAGAACAAGUCUUUAGAUACCAUGAAGAUGAUGGGGUCAAGAAGAGUACUCCAGAGAAGAAUGGGAAAGAAAUAUCGGAGCAGACAUUACAGAAGGUCAUUGAGUUGGAAAAUCGGCUAAAAUCUUUUGAGAAAAGGUCAAGAAAAUUAAAAGAAGGGAAUAAAAAAUUAAUGAAAGAAAAUUAUUUCCUGAAAUCUCACUUAAAACAGCAUCAAGAAGAUGUGGAGACCAGAGAAAAAGAGUUAGAAGAGUUACGAAAGAAAAGUGAAGAUGUUGAAAAAGACAAAACUGAACUUCAAGGAAAAAUCAGUGAGCUACAGAGAGAAGUCGCUUCCCUAAGGAAACAAGUGGCAGAAGCUAAUGCAUUGAGAAAAGAAAAUGAAGGGCUGAUGAAAUUGCACCAUUCAGCAGACAAAGCUGGAUUAAAGAUGGCCACCACAGAAGGGAGAUCUGGACAGUAUGAUUGUAAGACAACCACGACCAAGGUUAAAUUUAAAGCUGCCAAGAAAAAGUGCUCUGUGGGUCGUCACCACACUGUUCUCAAUCACUCCAUCAAGGUUAUGAGCAAUGUGUUUGAGAACCUCAGCAAGGACGGCUGGGAGGAUGUGAGUGAAAGCAGCAGUGAUUCUGAAACACAGACCUCUCAAAAUUUGGGAACAAUUAUUGUGGAAACAUCGCAGAAAAUAAGUCCUAAAGAUGGAAGAGACCAGAAAGAAAGUGAUCAAACAGAAGACAUCCAAACACAAGGGAAGGAAUUAGUACAAACAAAUUCAAAUAUAGAUGGCAAGACCCCAAAGGAUAUUUUUCAUUAUAAUAAUGCAAAAAAACCAGCAUUUCAGAAGAAGAAUGGUAAAAUACCAAAAAGUUCACAUACAGUAGUUCCUACCAGAGUUAACAGAGAAAAGUACAAAAAUGUAACUGCCCAGAAAUCAAGUACCAACAUUAUUUUAUUACGAGAACAAAUUAUAUCUUUGCGACAACAAAACAGUGUACUUCAGAAUGCCAAAAAAACAGCAGAAUUGUCUGUUAAAGAAUAUAAAGAAGUUAAUGAAAAGCUCCUCCAUCAACAGCAGAUAUCUGAUCAGCGAUUUCAAACAAGCAAACAAACAAUAAAGAAGCUAAAUUUGGAUUUGGCUGAGCUUCGGAAGGAAAAAGAAGAUUUACUAAAGAAAUUGGAGUCCUCAUCUGAAAUCACAAGUUUGGCAGAAGAAGUUUCCCGGAUAACAACUCCUAGGAUACACAUUACAUCACUGAGUCCUUCAAGGAGCAUGGAUCUGGAAAUGAAGCAAUUGCAGUGUAAACUAAAGAAUGCAACCAAUGAAUUUACUAAGCAGUCAUCAAACGUGAAGUUUCUGAAGUCUGAACUCCUAGCAAAAGAAGAAUACAUAAAGGAAAUGCAUGAAAAGAUGUCUCGAAUGGAGAGGAAUAUAACCAUGAAAAGACAUUUAAUAGAGGACUUGAAAUUUCGACAGAAAGUUAAUUCAGAAAGUAAUGAGAGUUUUAGUGAAAUGUUAGAAAAUCUUGAAAAAAAGGUAAAGACAUUAACUGAAGAAUGUUCCAAUAAGAAGGUAUCAAUUGAUUCACUAAAGCAGAGACUUAAUGUUGCUGUAAAAGAAAAGUCACAGUAUGAACAGAUGUAUCAGAAAACUAAAGAGGAGUUAGAAAAAAAGGAUCUCAAGCUUACUUUCCUGUUCUCAAAAAUAAAUGAGACUGAAUCAGCAAUGGCAGAAAUUGAAACAGCAGCAUCUAAACAACUUCAAGGAUUAGCACUACAAAGUGAGCAGGUUCUGGAAGGUGCACAGAAGAAAUUGCUAUUAGCCAAUGAGAAAGUGGAAGAGUUCACCAUAUUUGUGAAGAUUUAGCUCAGUGUCUUCCUCUUACAUGAACAACCCCUUUAACUCUGUGCUUAAGAGGAUAGAACUCAACUCUGCCACUUACUAGCUGUGUGAUCUCAGGCAAGUGACUUUAUCAUCUGCAUCCAGUUUCCCCAACUAUAAAAUGAUUGUAAUAAUGGAACAUACCUGUGGUUAGGAUUUAAAUAAGUUAUCAUAAACAAGGAGAAGAGUGCCUAAUAUAGCAAAAGAACUAACUAUUAAUUAUUUUUAUAUUAGUGCAGUUGUAAUAAAGUAGGAUUGUUCUUAUUUAUUUUCUGAAUAUUUUUAUGUGUAACUCAUAAAUUAACAUAUGUAAACUCUUAUAUUUUUCUUUUUGUUUCAAGUAGAUUAUAGCCAAUUUGAGGCCAGGAGUAUUGCUAUUUGUUUUCUUCAUAGUACGGGCACUUAAAUUGGCUUAUUAAAUUCUUGAGGUAUUUAUCUUAUAUCUGCUUCAAGAAUGGUCCUGUACGCAUAGCUAUGCUCAUAUUGAAAACUCUACAAAAACAAGAACUGUGCACAUUCCUUAAUGAAUAUAUUAAUGAAUUUACAUUGUUCUUACAUAGAACAAUUAUAAUUAUCAGAACUCAUUCUAUACAGAGCUUAUUAGGGUAUCAUAUACACAAAAGUACUUAAUAAAUAUUAUUAGUAGUAUUAAUAGUACUAAUGUUUGUUCUGGCCCUGUUGUGGAAUGUAUGUUCCCUUUAGUCUUUUCAUUUAUUCAUAGGGCACAACCAGAUUAUAGAAGAGGUGGUGUAGCCAUCUGUUCUAGAUCUAGUCUUGAAUACAGAAUGUUGCCCUGGGGUGAAAUCAAGUGUUUUGAGCAUCUGGGCUGGAUAUAUGUGGCAGAUCUGAGGCUUUGAAUUCUCCUAAUAACUGAAUAAAACACACUAGGGAAAUCUCUAGAAGUAUUUGCUCAGUUUGACUCAGCCUUAAUAUAUAGGCUACUUAAUGUGCUUGUACGUAAUAGUCAUAUGCCAAACUCCAUCUUCUCCAUGUUUUUCUUUUUUUGUUAACUACAAAAUACAUAACAGCCAAAGAACAAUAUUUAGCUAGAAGCAUAAGUGGUUUCAUUAUCAAUGUACACUUGCUUUGAUGAGAUUUAGUCUGAUAUUUUGGGCAUAUAAAUAUCUUGCUUCUUUAUUAUAAACGUUUAUGGAGCAUUACAAUUUUAUUUUCACAUAUACAAUUGUUCAUUCUUUGGCAUAGAUCUAGUUUCUUAAUUAUGAUUUCUAAACAGUUCUGUGAUAUACUUGAACUUGAAUUAACUCUUUUAUCAUUAUGUUAAAAAAAGGAAAUUACAGAUCUUUUCAGAGAAAGGUUCUUAAUAAGAUACAUUACCUUAUUAUAUCACAAUAAAACUGUUUGAAAAGCUGUAAAAACACACACAUAAUACUUGUGUACUCCCUAACUCUUGCUAUGUAAGACCAUACACCACCUUGGGAUUCUGCAGAAAGACCAUCACCAAUUGCAGCCUCUUAAUCUAGAUCAAUGAUCCAAAACCCAUUUUCUUUAUAAUUAAAAUAAAAUUAUUAAAUACAUUAAUUCUUCAGGAAACGAUGAUGAUAAUGAUGACUCUAAAGUAUUUGAGUAGCAAAUUCUUACCUUCUCACAAUCUAAUCUUACUUAAAAAAAGUCCAAUCACUCCUCAAUAAUUUAAUGUAACUCAGGAUUGUAAGUAGCUAGCUAACACAGACAAAAAAGCUCCCUGAUAAAGACUAAGAA